UGGUUAGUGAUUGUGUGAAGGGGGUAUGUUUUAGCUAAUGAGUACCUAUCUCACCUGCAACACAGGACUGAGGUACUGCAUUCACUAUCGUGCUUAUUCAUUACCUAAGAAGCCACGCUAUCACUUUACCUAUAAAUGUUAACGAUUACUGAUGAGAAGAAGCGCAUCAGUGUACUCUGAUCUAGUAGUAAAGCGGCGGGGGUGAAGUCCCACGGCACAUUCUGUACAACACUUACUCAUUACUCAGCGUGGGGGCACAGGGAUAUACUCUAGCAAAGCUUAAGCAAAAGUUGGUCGAGUGCACUGGCUCUAAUGAAGAGAAGAAUGUCUAAAGAAGAGAACAGCAACUAUAUCGAGAUGCACGCCGACCUUGCUGUCGAAAAUAAAGGCUUUGACCAAGAGGGCGAGGAUGGGAGCAAACCGGCCGAGGGAGACGGUGAAACGGCCAGCGUGCAGCUAAGUGCAUUCGAGUCUGCAGACGGGCUGAGCGAACUCGACUAUACCCAGAUCAAGCCGUACGCCGGGAUGCCGAAGGAGGUCCUGCUGCAGUACUCCACCCAGGCGUGCUACAGGCUGCCCCGGGAGAUCCUGUUCUGGUUUACCGUGCUCUGCACGCUGGUGCUGUUGGCUGUCACCGCCACCAUCAUAGCGCUGUCACCCCAGUGCCUGAGCUGGUGGCAGUCCUCCCCUGUGUACCAGAUAUACCCGCGGUCAUUCCAAGACUCCGACCAGGACGGGGUCGGUGAUCUUAAAGGUAUCCAAAACAGGCUGGAUCACUUUGUGUACCUGAACGUGAAAGCCGUAUGGAUCAGUCCCUUCUACAAGUCGCCCAUGAAGGAUUUCGGAUAUGAUGUGGAAGAUUUCAGAGAAAUUGAUCCCGUAUUUGGGACCAUGGAAGAUUUUGACAACCUCCUGUCAUCCAUACAUGACAGAGGCUUGAAGCUGAUCAUAGAUUUCAUUCCCAACCACACCAGUGACAAGCAUGUCUGGUUCCAGAGGAGCCGCAAUGGGACGGAGAAGUACAAGGAUUACUACAUCUGGAAAGACUGUGAGAGUGUGAACGGCACGGUGACCAAGCCUCCCAACAACUGGGUGAGCGUGUUUGGAAACUCAGCCUGGCAGUUCGAUGUGGUCCGAGGCCAGUGCUACCUACACCAGUUUCUCAAGGAGCAGCCGGAUCUCAACUUCCGCAAUGCCGACGUGCUCAAAGAGAUGACUGAUGUGAUCAGGUUUUGGCUGGAGAAGGGUGUGGACGGACUCCGGAUGGAUGCAGUGAAGUUCAUUCUGGAAGCAGAGCACCUGAGAGACGAGCCUCAGGUCAAUCCAGAGCAAAACCCGGAAAACAUCACGUCCCAUUCAGAGCUGUAUCAUGACUACACAGACUCCCAGGUGGGCUUGCACGUUAUACUGCAGGGCUGGCGCCAGGUCAUGGAUGAGUACAGCACGGAGCCAGGGAGAUACAGGUUCAUGGUGACCGAAUCCUACGACUAUGAAAAGAUUGGCAGGACGAUGAUGUAUUACGGCACCUCUUUUGUUCAAGAAGCUAAUUUCCCUUUUAACUUCUACCUGCUUGAUCUCCCGGAGAGUCUCUCUGGAAGGGCUUGCUAUGACCUUGUGAAGUUAUGGAUGAGUAACAUGCCUAAAGGGUACUGGCCAAACUGGGUGGUUGGGAACCAUGACAACCCUCGGAUUGCGUCGGCCGUGAGCCGAAAGUACGUCAAUGUGAUCAACAUGCUGCUGCUGACACUGCCGGGCACGCCCACCUCUUACUACGGAGAGGAGAUCGGCAUGGAGAACAUCGCCGUGUCUGAGGAUCAGAUACAGGACCCAUUCGGAAAGUUUGACCCAAGUGAGAACCGAGAUCCCUUCAGGUCCCCCAUGCAGUGGGACAGCAGCCCCAAUGCUGGGUUCAGUGAAGCAAACAAGACCUGGCUCCCAGUGCACCCAGAGUACCAGACUUGCAACGUGAUGAUGCAGAGAAAUGACAGCAGCUCCCCGCUGACUCUGUACCGCACUCUGACUGCCCUGCGUGAGAGCGAGCUGCCCCUGCACCGAGGCUGGGUGUGUUUGGUGUGGAGCGACGCGGACAUCUUCGCUUACGUCAGGGAGCUGGACGGCCUCAGCACAGCCUUCCUGAUAGUGCUCAACCUGGGCAACGGCAGCAUCACGGACCUGACCGGCGUGGUCCCGGAGCUGCCCAGGGAGGCCAGCGUGCGGGUCAGCACUCUGUCUGGCAGCAUGAAGACAAUGAGCCUGGCUGCCAUCAAGACAGAGACAGGAGAGGGGCUGGUGCUGGAGUACCACACGAGGGAGCCCAUCCACGAGGUGAGCCGUUUCAGAGAGAACUGCUUCGUCUCAGAGAAAGCCUGUUACUUCAGUGCGCUGGGGAUCCUCUACAAGAACUGCUGAGGCUUUUAAUUGCCACAGGGUGAUUGUUUUUUUAUUGGAAACAUACCUGUUAAAAAAAAAAAAAAAAACAAGACACAAAAAAAUAUCUACAACCUUAAAUUGCGAAUGUUAUAAAAAUAAAGCUGAUUUUUGCAUCA